AGCUCGUUUCCUCCCCUCCUCUUCACAUGCCAUCUCUCUUGCUCUAUUCGGCUCGACUUUCUACGGGCUUUUCGAGAUUCCCGCGGGUAGGGCGCGGACAAGUACACACGAGCGGGAACUCGCAUACGAGCGCGAAGGAGCAGAGGCGACGCAGCAUUGGAGCGCGAGACGGAUAAAGCGAGCGAAGACGCGCGUGUACGUGACGUCGCGUCGCUCGAGAGGGCUGAGUGAGCCGAACGGCGUGGUGCGACGACGAGAGGCCGAGAGAGCGCGCGGCAUGGAGACCCUGGAGUCGAGCCGCGUGUGCCGUCUGUGCGGCCAACAGUCGGGCAUCUCCAUCAACAUCUUCGACGAGAGUGAGAACCAUGUCAGGAAGAUCAACGCCGUGCUGCCGAUCAUGGUGCACGAGAUGGAUCUACUGCCAAAGCAGAUGUGCCAUCGGUGUAGCUACAAGCUGGAGGAGUUACAUAAAUUCUACGUGGACUGUUUGAAGACGGACGCGGCGCUCAAAAGUCAGUUGUCGUGGAUGCGAAAGGACCGGGAGAAGAUUAGCGUGCCGAUGGUGCAUAUUGAGAAUGUGAAGAUCAAGACAGAGUCGCUUGAUUACGAUGUAUAUGAGCUGGAACCGCUGAUAGAGAACAUGGAGUAUAUCAACUCGAUGAAUUCGAUGGCACUUCCUGCCGAUGGAAUUCACAACGGAUUGACAUAUGCGACACUCUCGCGUUACCGAUGUUGCUGUGAUAAGAAGGACCAAAGUAGAGCAAGAAAGACUACCGCGGAAUUUUGUCAGAAUUAUAGAGAAUCCGUGUCUAGAUGCGAUGAAAUCGCGAGCGACUCGCGGAAAAGGACUCUCGAGAACACUGCCGCCAGAAUAAAACCGAUCAAGAGGAACACUUCUACGCAAGCGAUGUUUCCAGAUUGCCCGCAGAAUCGUCUUUCUUGCAUCGACGCUGUCGAGAACGCGCGAAAUCGUUUAAUCACAGAUACGAACACCAGAGAUGACGUAUUCUCCCUGAAGACGCGAAACCGUUCUUAUGGACUCGAAGCGGUUUCUAGAAGUCAAGCAACUUCGGAAAGCACGAUAGUGCGGAAUUUGAGACCAAGGAACAAUCUGGUGAACUAUGCGUCAAAUAAGAGGAGAACGAUAGUGCAAAAUUUGAAACCCAAGAAAAAUCUAGUGGACUAUGCGUUGAAUAAGAAGAGAAUGUCGAUUGAUGUUGAUUCGGGACCAUCUGUAACGAACAACUCGGAUAUUUCUAAUCCGAAAACGACGUUUACAUCGAACUUUAGAUGGACUCGACAGAUCAAGGUGGAACAAAUGGACGAGUUGGAAGGGCGUAAUUUAAGACCCAGAAGAAACGUCGUGGAUUAUCAGGAACCGAAAAUGAGAAAGGUAUCGGAUUACCGUACGAAGAGACGCAAAGUGGAAGACACGGAGCAGAACUCGAAGCUGCGUUCGAAAAAUGAAAAUAAAUUUGCUCCGAAACUCAAGAUAAAGCAGGAAGUUUUGGACGAUCUGGAAGACACGGUGCUCAGUGAAACGACCAGCACGAUAUCUCGAUUACCGAAUAAUUCGCUCGCCGAUUUACCCGCGAAUGUCAAAGCAUUGACGAGGGAUAAUUAUGUCAGCUUACAAGAUGACAUAUCAGAUUAUUUCAAGUCGAGUCAUUCACAAUUACGAAAUAAAUUUCAGCAAGCCAAGCGAAAGUCGUUGUCCAACAUCAUGAAGAACAGCCUGGUGAAGACGAAGAAGAUCUAUCGAUUGCCAGCGGCGAACUAUUCGCCAAAAUGUCUGAGAAGUCAGGAUGCCUUCCUGAGAAACGGCAAAGCGAGAAAGAACAAUUACAUGGAUUGGUCGGUGAAAAAGUUACAAACAAGGAAACUGAUGGACAUCAACAAAAGCGCAAAGAUAAAGCCAGCGAUGGUGAAGCUGGCCGAGACCAUUAAACACUACUGCGAGACGUGCGACGUCAGCUUUGCGAACAAGGAAUUAUUCAGACUACAUAGAUGCUACUACGAUUGAUCUUUCCUUACGUGGCCGAAUUUCCGAGAAUUACAAAAUUUACAAGCCAUCUAAAGGAUAUUUGAAAGAGUAUGAAAGAAGGAGUUUUUUGGAUAUCUUCGCUAUGUAUGAAAGACGUGCGAGAGAUUAAGAUGUAUUUUUAAAAUGUGUAAAAGAGAAUGAUUAAGGAAUCCUUUUUGCUUAUACAUGCAUGAGAAUGCACAUGUACCUAUAAGUUUCUAUCUAAAGAUUAUUUUGGCAAUUUUCUUCUUAAUUUCCGGAUAUAUCGCUUUUGAAAUGACAGAAACGCGCUUUGUUUAAGUUUAAUAUUCUAUAUUAUAUAACGAUAACGAGAGACGAAAUUUUUGUUCAUGAAAUGUAACAAUAGUAGCAAUUUUUUUUAUUUUUUGCAAUGACAAAAAACAUUAGUUAUAUCAGUUAUAAUCAUUGAUCUUUUCUAUCUUUUUUUUUAUUGGAAUUUUUUUUGGCCUUUAUUAAGAUUAUUGAUACAUUUGUGAGCACAUGGACAAUAAACGGGAAAUAACAGAUUUGUUUAUAUCUGUAUAUAUUUUAUUUUGUUUAAAUAUAUUAUCAUCUGUUAUUAUCUUUAUUAUAUCAUUUAUUUUGUGAACGAGAAUAUAUAUGCAUAUCUUGUUUGUCGAUUUACGUUACAUUAAACAAUGACACUGUUGCAUAUGCUUAAGAUUUUAUGUAAGAAAUUCACAAGUCGCCUUCAAAGAUUAAGAAAUAAAUAUACGAAUAUAGAUAGAGAUCUAUUUUAUGAAAAACAAAAGAUAUAAAUAUAUAUCGAUAUAUAUUUCAUGAGAAUAUGUGAUAAAUGUAUAUGAAAAUGUAUAUAAAACGACCGAUUUUUUGGAGAACUCUGUGUAUGCAGAUUAAGGCAUAUAAUAUUCGAAAAUUGCUUUUUUUAUGCUUCUUUGAAAUUUUAUACAUUAAUACGAUCGAUAUAUAGUUUAACAAUAUUUUUCUAUUUAAAAAAAAUCAUAUUUUAUUUAAAAGAUCAUUUUUUUAUUAGGAUUGUUGAACAUUCAAAUUUAUCAACAUUAUGAUGGUUAAUAAAUAUACGGAUUUGUUAAGUAACUAACUAUACUUUAAUUUCAUUAUUAUAUAUUAUCAAAUAUAAAAAUUAAAUAAUAUUAUAUCAUUAAAUUUGAUUUACAAUAAUAAUAUUGAUAUUAAUUGCAUAAGCUUUUAUUCAAUCUCUUAUUAUUGCAAAAUGCUUCUCUAAAUUAUCUGUCCGUUAAUAUACAAAUAAAUAAACGUUGUUAUUCCCAAAAGAUAUAUCUUUCUCAUAUCACUGAAUUAAUUAAUAAAUGUUAUACAACU